AGGGUUAAUACAAAAACCCCUUGCGCCUAGGGUUUAAGCGACGAGAGCGAAACCACCCUAAAUCUUCCGUCUAAAUUCGAAGUCGCCCACUUUUGAUUUCGAUUUCGUGGCGAUAAUAGAUAGCAAUGGCUUGCCAACACGGAAGCGGGUCGUUUAUUGACCCGAAUCCCAUUGGGGUGGAGACAUCGAUGGCUUCCCAACACGAAAACGGAGCGGAUAUUUACCUUAAUCUUUCUGGGGUGGAGACCCAUGAUGAGGAGGUUAAAAAGUUCCAGGCUUUGGGUUGUGCUGAUCCUAUUGAGGAAGACGUGGAGGAUAUCACUUUAAAGGGUUCAUCUCUUGCAAUUGAGGAGAACGGUGUUAAGGAUGAUUGCCAAAGAGAGAGUGAGAGUAGCGAGAGUGAAAGUGCAAAUUCAGACUCCGAGAGUUCUUCUGAUUCUGAUAGAGGAAGUAGUAGCAGCAGUAGUGAUAGUGAGGAUGAUGAUGACGUGGAAGUUGAAGAAGGCGAGGUAAAUGAUUCUGAUGAAGAGAAGAUGGUUAGUUGGAGCAUGGUUGAUGAUGAUGAAGAUGGUGAUGAUGUAGGAGGACCCAUCAAGUCAAAGAACGAGCUUCAGAAUCUGCCUCCUGUUCCUCCGGUUGAUGCGACUUUAGAACCACACCAUCAAAUGCUGCCAGUGGGAAUUGUUACAUCGAUUGUUGGUGCUCAAGUCAUUGUGGAAGGAGUGGAGACGCAUGACCCUCUUAAUGAAGGUUCUAUUCUUUGGUUGACUGAAAGCCGAAAGCCACUAGGUUUAGUUGAUGAAAUCUUUGGACCAGUCAAGAACCCUUUUUAUAUUGUGAGAUACAAUUCUGAAAGUGAAGUCCCUGAUGGGAUCCAUGGGGAAACCUUGGUCUCAUUUGUUCCAGAAUUUGCUGCUCAUGUGCUUAACAACAAGGAUCUAUAUAAGAAAGGCUACGAUGCAUCUGGCGCAAAUGAUGAAGAAUUGUCCGAUGAAAUGGAGUUUUCAGAUGAUGAGCAAGAGGCUGAAUACAAGAGGAUGCGAGAAAUGACCAAGAGAGGUGUAAACGAACAAAAUCAUAUCAAUAGAAAAAAAAAUAGAAAGAAAUUUUUACCAAGAGAGCAUAAGGCGCGUGCCACCCCUGCUGCACCAUUGCCUGAUCAUGGAAAUUGUCCUCCAUCAUUUCCAUACUUAAACGCAGCUGGCACUGGACAAGGUCUUAUGGGGGGAACUACUACAGUUCCAUCAUUUCCACACUUGAACGUAGUUGGCACUAGACAAGGUCUUAUGGGGGGAACUGCUACAGUUCCAUCAUUUCCACACUUAAAUGCAGCGCCUAACUUCACCCCAAACGGAGUUUGGACAAAUGGAACAGCAUUUCCGCAGCAGCUACAGUCAUCUGCCAUGCUUCCUAAUGGACUUCCUGCAAAUGGUAUGCCAUGGUUCCCACAAAACACUCAAAUUUCUCCUCAGUUGCCUAUGCAAGGAGUUCCAUUUUUUCAACAGCAAUUACAUCCCAAUCAGGGGUCUCUUUCCACAACUAUGCAACCUGGGAUGCAGUCCAAUAUGUUUGGUCAAUCCAUGUAUGCAACGGGGCUUGGUCAAAACCAAAUGACAUUUGGGAUGGGGUUACCCUUCUCACAGAUGCAACCACCUAUAUUUGCUGCACAACAGGGUUUUCCAUCCACUGAAUUGCAUUCUAAUACUAUUCUUGGCGCACGGCCUCAAUUUCAUCCACGUCCAUCUGCUAAUCGUGGGAGAAAAACAUUUCACGGUGCAGGUAGGAGAGGGGGUCGACCAGCCAACUGAACUUUACUGCACAUGAAAUCAGUUUGGCCAUUUUGCCAGGAAUGUACUACAAAUGUAAAUUUCCUGUAAGCCAUUCUUGAAUUUUGAAAUGAAUUGGCAUCAUUUUUCGUUGCAAGUGUUGUGUAUUUGAAUAGCUCUGUGCUGAUUUUCUUUGUUUAUUGAAGGAGCACCUUCCAAUGCACUGAACCAUAUCAAUAUACUAUGUCAUUUUUACAAA